UAAAGUUUACUUUUCGUCGAAGUCAAACAAGCUUCAUUCAUGUUUACGUUUUGAUAUUGAAUUAAUGGUGAGCGAUGAAUCUCUGUUGUUGAUGAGUAAAACUCGGAAUCUAAACACCAGCAGAAUCUCGUCAUGGAAUGUGAAUCCAAGUACUUCUAAAAUGCCAGAAAAUUCUCGGGGAAAAAGAUGGAGAGCGACUAGGCUCUGCCGUUUACUGUCAGCGGCCAAAGUGGGCCUGAAUUUCAGUAUCUUUGCAGCCCUUCUCAUGGUAAUCUCUGCGUCGACAACUAUCAGUGCAAUUCACAGUUGUAACAGAGGGAGAUUUGUGGUGAAUUCUACUUGGGGUGCAAUCACCAAUGGUCCUGAAAACUAUCGGGAAGACAGUUAUUGUGUUUGGCUUAUUGAAGCCCAGCAGCCAGGACAAUACAUUACACUCACAUUCCAUAGCCUGCAGACUGAGUGUGCAUAUGAUCAUGUUUUCGUCUAUGACGGGGACUCUGUCCUCUCUCCAAUGAAAGGCAGCUUUAGUGGACGUGGGCUGCCUCCACCUGUCAUUGCCAAAUCUGGCUCAAUGGUAGUUUUAUUGUACAGCGAUACAAACUAUGUUUUGGAAGGUUUCUCUGCUGAAUACUCAGUGACAGAUUGCCCUCUCAACUGUUCCAAUCAUGGGCAUUGUGUCAAUCACUCUUGUGUGUGUGAAGCUGCUUUUGUUGGGGAAUCAUGUGAAUUUGAAGCAUGCCCAGAUCAAUGUGGUUUUACGGAAAGCAGGGGCUGGUGCGAGAAGAUAGACGGUGUUUACCAGUGUGUGUGCAAUCAAGGCUACAUUGGACUCGAUUGUGGCCUGGAUACAAAAUCAUCCCUCGGAAAUUCUUGGCAUCUUCUUGGUCGCGGAAGCCAAGCGAUGCAAAGAACAGCUCACGGGGGUGUCUACCUCAGAAAUUUGAACAAGUUUAUUGUGUUUGGCGGUUUCGAUUUAAAUGUUCCGCUAGGGGAUCUACUAUCAUUCGAUAUGAGUUCAUCAAAGUGGAGCAACUUAAGCUCUCUACCCCAAAAUAAUGAGAGUCGAGUUAAUGUAUCGGAAUCCAUUCAAAAUGAUGAGCCACUACUGGAGGUGACUGCACCCAAGGCUCGAUACGGUCACGCCAUGGGGGCCUUGGAAGAUGGAUUCGUUCUGUAUGGAGGGCAAUUUGCCGAUGGAAGUCUGUCAGACGAUUUUUUCUAUUUCGAUGCUUCCAAAAACGAAUGGACACUUUUAGCUGGCCAAAGUCAAGUACGGCCACCUCCUCUAACUCGACAUACUCUUUGUGUGGUGAACGAUUCGUUGAUUUAUAUCUUCGGUGGGAGCAUGGCCAAUGGGGAAUUCUCUUCCAAACUGUUCCGUGUUCAGGUGAACAUUUCUGAACUAGGCAACGAGGAAUGGGAGGAAGUAGAACCAAGAGGAGGCAAACAACAUGAUAUUCGUCUAGUCGGCCACAGUAUGGUGUACCACGUCGAAAGCCACUCGCUUAUUGUUUACGGUGGAAUCUUGGCGGACGCUGCUCGUUUCUCAAAACUGAGCGAUCGUCUUUUCAUCUUCAACUUGGAAGAGUUACAUUGGACCGAGUUGUUAUACCCACGCGGAACUUUGCCCGACCUCCACAUCCCACUUGAGCGAGCCUUUCAUGGCGCCGUUCUAAUGGGUUCUUACAUGAUCGUCUUCGGUGGAUAUACUCACAAACACAAUCGCGAAGAAAUCUGCUAUGAUUCAGGUUUGUAUUUUUACCAUUUGGGCUGUCACACCUGGGUUAGCCACCAUGUGCUGGACCACGGAAACGACGGAAUGGGAAAGGAUCUAUUGACUCCCAAAGGGGUUUUCAGUUUCGCCGCUGCCGUGAAAGACGAAAAUGUUUUCCUCAUCUUUGGCGGCUACCGUGGCUCGGUCUCUGGUGACAUGUUAGCAUAUGUCGUGCCUUUGGAAAUGGUUGGAAGUCGAAGCGGUCAGUCCAGCAGCUCAAACUGUCAGCGUCACCCAUCACAGUUGAGCUGCACUGCCAAUCCCGAGUGCGGAUGGUGCCCAGCCGAUGGAGUCUGCUACCAACGGACAUCAGGUGCUAAUUGUACAAGCAACUUGCAGACGACUCAGUGCCCAGGAAUUUGCCCCGCACUGGGUGACUGUUAUUCUUGUACCGUGCAUGGUAAUGCAUUGACGGCCAGCAACGGUGACUUUGUGAAACUGGGACAGUGCGCCUGGUGCGUACAGACGGCACGCUGCCACCGACGGGACGACAAUAUGGGUGUCUGCGGGGCUGGAAUGGAAACGCCAUCCGGCGUCGUUGGCUGGUGGGGAAGCGAGGGGACAGACAUAACAGCGGUGGAUGAAUGUCGAACACGGGAUUUCCGACCUGGCCUCACUUAUCUACUCUACGAACAUCCGGCUAACUUCUCCCAACCGGACGAGGUCGGCAUUGUUAAUUCAACGCUGGCAAAUUUCCAGCCGCAGUCCAGACUUUAUUCGCAGCAACGUGAUCAUGCAACUUCUGCCGGAGGAAGUGGGGGAGGCACUAUGGUGGCUCGUAUGCUCGGUUUCAUUCACCCGCUGGCUAACAAGGCUCGGCCAUUGAACGAUUAUCAACAAGAAUUCAAAAUCAUGAUGGAUUCUUCAUACGCAUCGUCAAUUUUGCGCAUUUCUUUGGAUGAGUCGACCGAGCGGCUAGAAGUUGUAGCUUCCAUGACCGUUAACGAUACAAAUACCAGUCGGGUGGAAGCUGUUCGACCCGACAAGACUCCCAUUUUCCCCGAUCCCAGUCGAGGUCGAAAAUACAUGAUGGAAUUCACGGCAAAUCGUUCCCUGGUCGGUAUGACAGGUUCUGAUGAUCAUCACAUCGACACCCAACGCGAGAUCUCUCGAAUGCAGCUCGUCUGGAAUGGAAAAUCGAAUUAUAGAAAGAUGUUUACGUUCGAGUACGUGGAACCCUACAGCAAUGGUUCUUGCCAUCUAUACACAAAUUGUAUGCAAUGCCUCUCGGAUUCAUUGUGCGGUUGGUGUGAGCCCAGCCGGAACUGUCUGUCGAGAAUUGGAUCCAACAGUACAAAAUCUGGUGAGCUGUCGGAAUGUUAUUUGGAUGCUGGAAACACGACAACGGCAUUCCUCACCCUCAAUCCGCCGCAAUGCAUCAAUUGUUCGAACCACAUUUCCUGCCAUCAAUGCGUCACCGACGACUCGUGCGAGUGGCUCGUUGACGAAGCCUAUUGCACCCGACGCGGAAGGUUUGCUGGUGCUGUUCAAACGACUGGGGAGUGUCCGAUGCCUUGCAAUGAACGACGCGGAUGCUCUUCAUGUCUAGGCGAACCGGGUCGAUGCACUUGGUGUGAAGAGACGCAAACAUGCUUUGUUUUCUCCAGUUAUAUUGUGGUUUAUCAAUUUGGGAUGUGUCGAGAAUGGGUCGAUGUCGAGCCGCAAUCACACGUGGAGGGAGGAAUCCUAUCAGGACGGCCGUCUUUGCGAGGCGAUCUUGGUGGCCUUCCAGAUACAUUGGUCAUGAUGGGAACGGGGAAGUCUUUAUCGUCCGUCAACGGCAGCCGUAAUGGCAUUAGCGCAGGGCGUUGCAAAUCGUGCGAAAGAAAACAAAGCUGCUCCAAUUGUUUGAUUGACCUAGGAUGCGGUUGGUGCUAUUAUAGUAAUAAUCCAAUGAUCGGCGUGUGCAAACCGGGAGAUUUCCAUUCGCCCGCUUCCGGUAAUUGCUCGAUUUUGUUGGGCGACACACCAUCGCCGCCAUCUUCAUCUAUGACUUCACAUGAUCCUGGUCAUUCUGUUUGGAGUUGGGCAUAUGCUCAGUGUCCCGAUGUGGACGAAUGCUCCUUGGGUCAACACGAUUGCCAUCCUGAUGCAGCCUGUCUCAACACUCCUGGAUCCUAUCUUUGUGCAUGCAAGAAAGGCUACAUCGGUGACGGAAAGACGUUUUGUGAACGCACCUGCUUCGAAGAUUGCGUCCAUGGCCGUUGCUCUGGCCCACCUGAUUUCCAGUGCGAAUGCGAGCUAGGCUGGACUGGUCCCGAUUGUCAGGAAGACUGUGGGUGCUUUGGGCAUUCGACUUGCUAUCAAGGAGUUGGAACAUGUGAUCAUUGUCAAGAUUUAACUGAUGGGCUGAGCUGUGAGUUGUGUCGGGCUGGUAGCUACGGAAACGCUACUACUUCAGAGGGCUGUCAGCUCUGCCAGUGUAACGGUCAUGCUAAUGUGACUGCUGGAAUCUGUAAUCCAGCAACGGGUCAAUGUUACUGUCAAGACGAGACAGAAGGAAACAAAUGCGAAUCUUGCAAACCUGGGUACUACGGUGAUCCGCGGCAUGGCGGAACAUGCUACCGACAGUGUUCUUCUCGUGGAAUCCUAUCCGCAAUCACCAAUGGAAGCCUGGGCAGUUACUCGGCACCGGAUAGAAUCUAUCGCCAUUCGAAGAACGAACUGGAUGUCCAAGAUUGCGUUUGGGUGCUGAAUACCCACAACUCCGUUAGAGGAAUAUCGGGUGGAUUAGGAGGAGAAGGACCCAAACCAAAGGAAGCCAUCAUUCAACUAACAAUCCAUCAAGGAGCCCGUAUUUUAUGCCCUACCAACUACGUCUACGUUUACGACGGUCUGCCCGAUUUCAUGUCAUUGGAAAAUGGCUGGACGCGGCAAAAUCAUUUGCUUGGUGCAUACUGUUCCCCACAAACCGUUUUCCCGCUUAAUGUCCACGCCCAUUCAGGCAUUAUGACCAUUUUCUAUCGGCGGAACGACAUCAAACAGGGGUUCAAUGCCACUUUCACCGUACUUUCCUGCCCCGAUAACUGUCCGUCACCCCGAAAAUGUAUUGCCGGGAAAUGCAGUUGUCCAUCUGGCUGGGUCGGAACAGAUUGCGAGGGUCAAGUUUGCCCCAACGAUUGCUUCUCACAACUGGGCCAUGGAAAGUGUGACAUGAGCGCCGGCCGUUGUUUGUGUCAAAAAGGCUACGCCAGUGCCGAUUGCAGCCAAGCCCGUCGUCGAUCCUCCAUCGUCAGCACGGAACUUAUUGAUCCUCAAAAGCUUACGGAAGGCAUGGAACAUUUGAAAACAGUCCUCCCACGAUUAGGCCACAGUUUAGCCGUCGACCACCGUGGUUCACUCUGGCUCUUUGGCGGAUAUUCCAUGUCACGCGGACCACUGAACGAUAUUCGCGAGUUUGAAACUAAGAAUCUCACUUGGCUUCAGGUGACUGUUCACAUCCAGCCGGGUGUAGGAGGCGGAGAGUCAUCACUGCCACCCGAACGCUAUUUCCACGCAGCCGAAUAUGUCAAUUCGCAGCGAAGCCUUUAUGUUUAUGGCGGCAUGGGUCAUCGUGACCGCGCAUCCAGCGCUUUCCUUUCUGAUUUCUGGAAAUUUGACAUCAAUUCGAGACGCUGGAUGGAGAUUGGAACUCGAGGUCUUGUCCCACCGCUAGCAGGACACACUUUGUCAUUGAGGCACGAUGGUGAACAUCAGACGUUGCUAUUGGUUGGCGGAUUCAGUCCGGAAUAUGGUUUCAUGGAAAAAGUGAUGGAAUUCAGCCCUGAAAAUGGAACCUGGACCGUGCUUAAUACAACGGGAACACCACCCAUUGGAAUUUAUGGCCAUAGCGCAGUGUUCCACGUUUCGACUCGGAGUCUCUACGUUUACGGUGGAAUGUUGUACAAGGUGGAUAAAGUUGUGCCAUCCAAUGAAUUGUACGCGCUCCAUUUCCCCAGUCGCCGCUGGUCGUUGCUGACGGUCGAUCGUGACUCGAAUCCACCCGAGUUAUCGAUGCCCCGUGCCCGUUAUCUUCACGCAGCCGUCUCCACCGAAGACUACAUGCUCAUCAUUGGCGGGCAGACCGAGCCGACCAACAGCUCUGACACGCUGAUGGCCUACUCUUAUGCCUGCAAUACGUGGAUCAAUCUCGCCCAGCAGAGGAACAACGCUGCAGAGUUGAUUGGCAGCCCUUUGGCGCCUGCCGUUGGUUUGGCCGCAACUAGACAUCCGGCCAGCGGGUCAGUUUACAUAAUGGGUGGAAUGUGGGCGGGUUCAGCUCAAGGAACGUUGAUUAAACUCGAGGUACCCGACGAUCUCUGCGCACUUUGGAGUAACAGUAAACUGAAAUGUAAAGCCACGGCCGGCUGCUCCUACUGCGCCGUUUACGAGCCGUCCGGAUUGAAUGCCACGUUCUGUUAUUCGACGUCAAAGAUAUCACCCGAGCGUUGCACUCAACCUCAGGGUGUUCUCGAGUUUUCCAAAGGAGCAGUGUGCGGUCCGGAGCGUGUAGCCAGCCGUGAUUGCUAUCAGCACGCUUCCUGUAGCGAAUGUCUCGGUGAAUGGCCAAUCUAUCGCGGACUGCCGCAAUCUUGCCAAUGGUGCACCAACUGCAAAUCGGGCCGUUGUGUUCCCUAUGGCGCCGACUGUCAGGAAGAGAAUCGCUGUGAAGUCAAACAACGUGACACGGUUGACGCUGCCCAAUGUCAUGAACGAUCCUGUCCAGCUUCCGAUUGUGAUAAAUGUCGCGAUUUGGGACGAUGCAUGUGGACACGCCAGGUGCUUCGGACUAGUGAAUUAAGUCGCAAGUUGCACACUCUUCCCAUCUACGAAUGGAAUUGUGUUGGUCGGAACAUCAAAGACAGCUCUUCCUUUUUGGUUGUUGUUAUACCACCCCAUCCGUGCCCAUCUCGUUGCUAUCAAAACAACGGCUGCAGUGAAUGUCUGGAAUCACCUGGUGGCGAAGGAGGAUGGCAUGAAUGUCGAUGGUCCACUGCACUUGGCCAGUGCGUGGCCCCCAGUUACCAAUCGUUGCAGUGCGUCGGGGGCAUGUGUGGUGCAAUUUUACAGGGAUCCGCCAAAACGGCUUGUCCCAGACCUUGUUCCCAGUUCACGCAAUGCUCCACUUGUCACACUCAACCUCAUUGUGGAUGGUGUUCUCUGGAUUCGGCGCCAGUGGGAGGCAUCGGGAUAUGUAGUCGUGGUACCCUAGAAGGUCCGCUGGACGGUUCGUGUUCAUCGCUGGAUUACACACGCCUUCUAGAUCGAUUAAACUUGACGGCCAUUCAACAACACCGUAAACCAUCACAAGGCAAAUUAGCGUCAGCCUCUUCGCUUCUAGAGAAAGCGACCACUUGGAAUUACCAAAGUUGUCCUGCCGAAAACGAAUGUCUCAAUGGCCAUCAUUCCUGCGAUCCCCGUUCAGAACGAUGCCUCGAUCGACCCGACGGAUUCGAGUGUCUGUGCUCUGAUGGUUACGUCUCCGAGGGUCACAUUUGCCGACCAGUGUGUUCUCAGGGAUGCGUUCAUGGAGAUUGCUUGGAGCCCAACGUCUGUCGAUGCCAUUUUGGUUUCGUUGGAGCCAACUGUAGCAUCCAAUGCAAGUGCAAUGGGCACUCAGAAUGCGCUGGACCCGAGCCCGAUCAGUUAGAUGUUUGUCUUGAUUGCCUCAAUAACACAAUGGGCCCACAGUGCACGCGAUGUCGACCGCUCUUUGUCGGUGAUCCUCGCAACAACGGCCAAUGCAUUUCUUGCCUGGAGUACUGCAAUGGACACACGCCCGUUUGCCACGGGCAUAACUUGUCACUGUCUAAUCUUCCCCUUCAGACCACCAACGAAUUGCUGCUCUUACAAACAGUUGGUUGGAGCAAAACCGCUGAAGCUGCUUGGGUGCGUUUGAUCGGCGAGGGCCCGAAGACGCAGGCCGUUUGCUAUAGCUGUUCCAAUUCGACCAUGGGAGAGAAAUGCGAAGAGUGUAUCCCCGGCAAUUUCCGAGGUGUCGAAGACCGCCGGAAGCCGUGCCGCUCGUGUGAGUGUCACGGUCACGGUGACAUGUGUCAUCCAGUGACGGGGGAGUCGUGUAACUGCCAAAACAAUACCGAAUCGGAUCCUCAAUGUCGGACUGGCACGUCCUUCGCUAGUUUAGGUCUUCCCGGAAGAGCUUUAUCCGGUGGUUCAUCGGGCUUACUUCCGGCUCCCAUUCCCUGCUGGUCCUUGCAGUGCGACAAAUGCAAAGAGUAUUACCUGGGCACCCCAACGCAAGGGCAUCAAUGCUACCGGCAAAUGUCAGUGGACACGGAAUAUUGUUUGGAUCCUGAAACGCAGGAGGAAUGCAAUCGGAAACCGACUCCGCUUUACCCCCGACGCCCCGUAUUUUUCGCCAUUCAACCCAAGUUCCUAAACGUUGAUAUCCGGUUGCUGGUGGAUGUCGCCCAGGGUGGCGUUGACUUGUUCUUCGCACCACGUGACGACAUGUUUAUCGUCCGUCAAGAUCCUAUGCAUCCUGGUGGCCACCGUGUCGAAUUGGAUCCUAAAUACAUCAUCAUCACUGGUUCCCUCGCUUUUGAUCAAGGUGGCCAACCUUUGGUUCAGCAUCCCAAUACAUCCAUUCCAGUGGAGCGAUUGGUGAACAAUACGUCGGACCGAUACACAUUGUCCUACCACAUUGUAGAGAAGGUGGCUAGUGGUUUGACCACUUUCUUGACGGUGACGGAUCCGUUCAGUGUCGUUGUUGUUCGAGGACUUCAAAAUCGACUCAUUUUGACUCUGCCGCAAGACCGGCACGAUCUCCGCUCGACGCGCUUCUACAUCCUCAUUCAGGGAGCGGGGAGUCCGUCGUUAGAUGCCACAUUGGGCUCUCUCUUCUUUCGUCAAGAUCAACCGCGCAUCGACCUUUUCGUCUUCUUCUCAGUGUUUUUCUCCUGUUUCUUUCUCUUCCUGGCUGUCUCGGUUGUAGCGUGGAAGGCCAAGCAAGCUAUCGAGGGUCGGCGUGCCCGGGAAAGGCAAGCUGUUGAGAUGGAGCACAUGGCGCGGCGUCCGUUUGCCACCGUUUCUGUCUACCUCGAAGCUACUUUACGCGGGCAAACGGGUUUGCGUGACGGUAAACGUGUCGGGCAAAAUGUUGGACUCCAAGUUCACCACACAACGCUGACAGCUCAAUUGUGUUCGCCUCUGAGGUGGAAAAGGAGAAGCGCAUCGCGCCCGGAUCACCAUCACUCACAGUUGCAUCAUCAAUUCCACGGGGCCAGCAUUCUACCCGACCAAGACGCCGUCGGACGUUUAGCUGGAUCCAAUGGAGGACUCCAACCUCGCCAUAUAGACAUCCGUCCGUUGGCUGUUGAACCGACAGCUGACGGCGUUGCUGCCAUUGCCACACUAAUCGUUCAACUCCCAGGUGGAAGACUUGCACGAACUCAGCUGACUUUGGCAUCCGCUUUGGUUCUUCCUCCGCGAAAUCGAUCGAAUUACCCAACUACGGAAUUUUAAAAAGAUGAGUUUUUUUUUUUCUUUUUUUUUUUAAAUUAUGACUUAAUCAUCGUCUACUCAUUAAUCACUCGACACUUGUUUAUAUUUGAAUCCCUUUCUAAUCUUUUCUUCUUGUAUUAUCGCCGUUACUUGACGCGUUCCGUGUUUUUCUCCUCUUUGUAUUUUUGUAAUCCUCCCGGCAAGUGAGCUAUUUAAGGCUUACUCGUCUGCUCAUUUUCUUGUGCAAAUUGCAAUCCACGCAGCUGUUUCCAUUUCCUCCUGUAAAACAUGACGAAUUUUUCUUCUUUUUUUUUUUUACCAAUCCAUGUGAUACAUCACGGGCCAUAUGAUAUUGUACUGCUGAUUAGGCACAAUAAGUUCCUCCGUUUUGCAAGUGUACCACCGUUCUGUUGCGACCGACCGUUUAAUGUCAUACUUUCCCCCUUUUUCUAUUUUUUUAUGAAAAACCUUAAAAACAAAAAAAAACAAAAAAUACAAAUUC